UUUCCUCGUGACCGAGUCGGCCUCAUCCUCUCGCAUAUAAAGUAAGCCCUAAGCCCUCUUCUCCUUCACAAUUCACAAUUCAGUUUCCGAAACUUAAAAUCAACUUCUCAAUCCUCUCGUAAUCGCGAGUUAUCAUCAAGAUGCAGAUCUUCGUUAAGACUCUCACCGGAAAGACUAUCACCCUUGAGGUGGAAAGCUCCGACACGAUCGAUAACGUUAAAGCAAAGAUUCAGGAUAAGGAGGGAAUCCCACCGGAUCAGCAAAGGCUUAUCUUCGCCGGAAAGCAGCUGGAAGAUGGCCGGACCUUGGCCGAUUACAACAUCCAGAAGGAAUCCACCCUCCACUUGGUCCUCAGGCUCCGUGGUGGUAUGCAGAUCUUCGUCAAAACCCUAACGGGAAAGACGAUCACACUCGAGGUGGAGAGUUCUGAUACCAUCGACAAUGUCAAGGCUAAGAUCCAAGACAAGGAGGGAAUCCCACCGGACCAGCAAAGGUUGAUCUUUGCCGGAAAGCAGCUCGAGGACGGUAGAACUCUCGCUGACUACAACAUACAGAAGGAGUCGACCCUUCAUCUAGUCCUCAGGCUCCGUGGUGGUAUGCAGAUCUUCGUUAAAACUUUGACUGGAAAAACCAUCACUUUGGAGGUCGAGAGUUCGGACACUAUUGACAACGUUAAGGCUAAGAUCCAGGACAAGGAGGGAAUCCCACCGGACCAGCAAAGGUUGAUCUUUGCCGGAAAGCAGCUCGAGGAUGGUCGUACACUAGCUGAUUACAACAUUCAGAAAGAGUCGACCCUUCACUUGGUUCUUCGUCUCCGUGGUGGUAUGCAGAUCUUCGUGAAGACUCUUACCGGCAAGACAAUUACCCUCGAGGUUGAAAGCUCUGACACCAUUGACAACGUCAAGGCCAAGAUUCAGGAUAAGGAAGGCAUCCCUCCGGACCAGCAGAGGUUGAUCUUCGCCGGAAAGCAGCUUGAGGAUGGUCGUACCUUGGCAGAUUACAAUAUUCAGAAGGAGUCGACCCUUCAUUUGGUGUUGCGUCUGCGUGGUGGCAUGCAGAUAUUCGUGAAGACCCUUACAGGCAAGACGAUUACUCUUGAAGUCGAGAGCUCCGACACCAUUGACAAUGUCAAGGCUAAGAUCCAGGACAAAGAAGGCAUCCCUCCGGACCAGCAACGUCUCAUCUUCGCUGGAAAGCAGCUCGAGGAUGGUCGUACCUUGGCGGAUUACAACAUUCAGAAGGAAUCGACCCUUCACUUGGUUCUGCGUCUGCGUGGUGGUAUGCAGAUCUUUGUGAAGACACUCACCGGAAAGACAAUUACCCUCGAGGUGGAGAGCUCUGACACCAUUGACAACGUCAAGGCCAAGAUCCAAGACAAGGAAGGCAUCCCUCCGGACCAGCAGCGUCUCAUCUUCGCUGGAAAGCAGCUUGAGGAUGGUCGCACACUUGCUGAUUACAACAUUCAGAAGGAGUCGACCCUUCACUUGGUUCUCCGUCUUCGUGGUGGUUUCUAAAAACUUGCGCCUGGUUACUUUAUCAUGUUUUCAAAAGUCGUUUCGUGUUUCUAAAACUUCUCGUUGUUUGUGUUUUGGGGGCUUCUAAAGCCUCCAGUUAAAUAAUUGAUGAACUAUGAUGGCUUCCUUUUCUCUUUUUGUUCUAAGACAUAUCGUAUUUCUCUAUAUUGGACUGCCAUUGGCCCUUUGUCCU